AUGAGGAGCCAACUUCCACAUCUAUCUUUUGAACUAUUGCCAAAAAGCUCUCCAAAGACAACUUCCACAUCUAUCUUUGUUCCACUUCCGCCGUCCUUACUUUCCUCAAGCAAAGCCAAGAAAAAUACUUCUCAGCUGUUUCAAACACUAAUAUUGAACUCAUACAACUUUCACUUGCCAUCUAUGCCCGAUCUUCUUUCACACCACCAGAGCACCAAAGGUCUUCCUAACCAUCUCUAUCCACCUCUUUUCACCGCCUAUAAAAUGGCUGGCGAAAGCUUUUCCAACAUAGUCAACAAUCUUAACCCUGAUUUGAUCGUAGAAGAUUUCUUUCAGGCAUGGGCUCCAGAUAUUGCUUUAUCAAAAAAUAUUCCUAUUAUUAAUUUCACCGUUUCUGGUGCAGCAUGCUAUUCUUUUAAGUAUCAUCUUUAUUUGCACGACGAUGCAACUGAUGAUUACCCUUUCCGAGAAAUGUGUCUCUCCAGCUGA